AUGACGACAGAUGAUCAACAACAUCAUGGCUCCACGAGCCAGGGAGACAAUCCCACAAUACAGCAACUUUUGGAAACGAUUCGGAAGAUGCAGGACGACAUGAGUUCUCAACAAGAAGCUUGGAGGACUGAGAGAGAAACAUUACAGAGGGAACUCACGACAGCUCGAUCCAAAUCCUACCCCACGGCAAGAGAAGUGUUGGACACAGUGGCCAGAUGUUUGAAUAUGGACGACGAAGAAGAGGAGCAAUAUGACGAAGAAAUCGAAGUGGAACACCCAGAACAGAGGGGUCCUGAAGUUAACGACAAUGGCAAUGGUGGAGGCCCGAGUAAUGACGGUGGUGGUCCAGAGAAGCAAGAUAGAAACAACGGACAUAACAAGGGAGACAGAAAGAAGAAGAAGAAAGGAAGCAAAUCCACUAGGUCACAUAGCCACGACACGAUGCGCAAGGAGUUGCAGGCCCUGAAGGAAAUGGUUCAACGCAUCCCUGGAGUACCAAAACCACUUGAAAAGGCUGCACCCAUGAGCUAUGCGGACUCCCCUUUCUCUGACAACAUUGCUCUGGUGGAGAUGCCAAAGCGCUUCGCAGUACCAGCCAUGAAAACCUAUGACGGGACGACAGACCCACAAGAGCAUGUGGCACAAUACAAACAACGAAUGUUCACGGUAUCGAUUACAAAGGAGCUGAGGGAACCGUGCAUGUGCAAGGGUUUUGGCUCAACGCUGACUGGUCCAGCACUACAAUGGUAUGUGAGCCUCCCAAAUGGAAGCAUUGAGACGUUCGCCGACCUGGUUGACGCCUUCAACCUUCAGUUUGCAAGCAGCAGAGUGUUUGAAAAAACUACAAGUGAUCUCUACAAGAUAGUUCAGGGGUUCAGAGAGCCAUUGAGAGAUUAUCUGACGAGGUUCAAUCGUGAGAAGGUGACUAUCACAAAUUGUGACACACCUACGGCAAUUGAGGCAUUCAGGAGGGGAUUGGAAAAGGAUUCACCCUUGUACGACGAGCUCACCAAAUAUCCAUGCAAAACCCUAGAUGAUGUUCAGGCGAAGGCGAUGGCUCAGGUGCGCCUUGAAGAGGACAAAAAGGAACGUGACGACAAGUAUUACCGUCCAAAUCGCAAGAUCAUGACCACAAGAGAUAGGGAUUACAAACCGUAUACUAGAGACUCUAGAAGCUCAAGGGAGGAGACACGUGUGAACUCGACACAAGAAUAUGCGGACUUGAGAAAGGACCCAAAUCUUCCCCCCACCUACGACAGCUAUGGCUUUACAAUCACACCCGCCGCCAUGAUGAGGGAAUUCACAAAGAUGGGAGACGUGGUAAAAUGGCCGGUGAAGAGCAACAAACCUAAGGCAAACCCAGAAUCCAAAUUAUGGUGCGACUUUCACGGCGACUAUGGACACAAGGCAUCUGACUGCGUGGCAUUGAGAAGAGAAAUUCAAUACCUCGUGAAAAAAGGGUACUUGACGGAAUUCAUGACGGGAAAGUCAGUGGCCAAAACACCGGAAAAACUACCGCCACCACCACCUUAUCAAAAGGUUGUAAACUUCAUAGCAGGUGGCUCAGAGGUGUGUGGAGCAACCUACUCACAAGCAAAACGCAUAGCAAGACGCAAAGGGAAGCAGGUCAAUGUGCUGGACGCAAAAGAAGAUGACAUGACAGAAUUAGUUUUCAACUGGUCAGACAGGAAGACCGUACAAGAACCUCAACAAGAUGGCCUGGUUAUUUCACUUCAAAUAGGAAACUGUCUGAUCAAGAGGGUGAUGGUUGACAAUGGUAGCGCAGCAAACAUAAUGACCAGAAACACACUCCAGGAGAUGGGUUUGGCUGAUAGUGACAUGAUCAAACAGUCCACGACGCUUGUGGGAUUCAGUGGCGAAACAAAGAGGACAAUGGGAGAAAUUACGUUACCAACUUAUGCACAAGGACUGAACAUGCUGACAAAAUUCCUCAUAAUAGACUGCGAAAUUACAUACAACGUGAUAAUGGGCAGGCCAUGGAUCCAUGAUUUGAAAGCAGUGCCGUCAACGUUUCACCAGGUCAUCAAGUUUCCAACACCAUGGGGGGUUCAGCAAAUCCGAGGGGAACAGUCCACAGCAAGGGAAUGCUACAUGUUAGGUCCAAAGUAUCGUAGAAGGGGGGGUUGA